AUGUUGGAGCACCGCUGUUCCCACCAGGGUCCAGGCCGUCCCCUUGCUCGCGCCGACAUCGACGUCACGGCUACUACCAUGGCAGACGACCUAGAACUAGCAGAGCAGCAACGCCUUUUCCGAGAAGAGCACAACGCCACCAAAUGCCCACUCCUCACCCUGCCCGCAGAACUCCGCCUCGCAAUCUACGAAGACCUGAUAGACACCAAAUCCACCAACCUCCCAGGAGUCCCAGACAGCGAGAUCCUCCACAGACGGACGAGCCUGCCCCCAGACCACGAGUGUAUGACCCAAGGCUGGACAGGACUUCUCCGAACAUGCCGGACCUUGCGAAAGGAGACGCUGCCGUUUUAUAUGAGGACACCAAUCCUAUCCAUCACAGCUCCCCGGGGAUACAUCGACCAGGCUCUGCUCGGUCAACACACUGUCGCCAUCCAGAACUGUAUCGCCACCCUCCUGUCUCUGCGGGACAUCUCAAAGGACACCCUCGUGCUGUGGUCCAACUAUCCUACCGACGAGGGCGCACCAUACACGACCAGGGUAGUUUUCCAACCCACGACCGUCUCGAACGCCCACGCGGUGCACGACCGCUUCGUCAAACACCCUAGCGGCGUGGAGAGACGAACCCAUCCCCGCGUCCGGGCUCUCUUUGCGGAGCUCAACGAGGGCCGGAAGGAGGGCAGGCGGCUGGAGAAGGACGAUGUGUGGGCGCUGUUUGCGCUUUUGGCUUCGGAGACGUGGCCGGUCGUGUUCCAAGGGUGA